AUGCCCACAAAAAAAUUCUAAGGAAGGUAAUCGACAAACCAAACGAAAUAUAUUUCUCCACCCAGCUGGACGGCCUCGAAACAAAAAUGGUGGGGCUUCUUCUUCAUCAAAAUGCGCACCGAAUGCAAUUAGAAUUCGCACUCAUUUAGCGUAAUCGCCAAACGAUUACUUAACCAAUCGUGAACUCCAAAAAUUUGGCCGCCAUUAAUUCUCCAUCACUGAACCGGAGCUUCGAGAAUUCCGCUACAAAAAUGGUGGACUGAGUGGUCUGUUUAACUUCCUUCAAUGUCUGCUUAACUUUCUUCAAUUGACAUAGAUGCAUAUGGCGAAGGAAGAAGAGUUUUUUUGCAGUAAUAAAGGCUUCAUGAAACGCCAGCAGAUUAGUUUGAAGCUUUACAGAUGCGUUCUGUUGCUUUUCUGUGUUCUGCUGACCAGAAUUUUGACGACGCCAUUGUUGACAAAGUUGCAGGAAGGCCGGCGUUUUUUCCACCCUGCAUUUGCUUUGAAUUUGGUUUUGCAGGGGGAUGUUGAAGAAAGGGAAAGGGCUGGUACAGGGGGUGUUCGGAGUGAUAAAUUUGUGGAGGUGCCGCAGAUUGUAUGGGGGCUCAACAAUCAGAAGAUUGCUCUGGCCAGAGCUGCUCUUACGGCGAGGAAAUUGAACAGGACUUUGCUCAUGCCUAAUCUGAGCGCUUCUUUGUUUUACAAGGACUCAGACCUGCUGCAGUCAGUUUUUUUUGAUGAAGUAUUUUCUUUGGACCGGUUUAAUUCUCGCUGCCGUGGUUUUGUUCAAAUCGCACGCGGUUCGAAUCCAGGGGAAGCUUUUGUUGUGCGGAAGGGGAACGGCCGGCGGUGGAGUGCUGGUAAGGAUUUGGCUCAGCUUGAUGAAUGUGUUCGAAACCCGGAGAUUGACCGGCAUGGUGUUAUUAAAUUGGAAGGAAAACACCCUUUUCUCUGGCAUGACCACUGGUCUGUAAAUGAGUAUGCUACAGUCUUUGAAUGUCUUGAUUUGGUGGACGAAUUGUCUGUUGAGGCUUCCAGAGUUGUGGAGAAGCUCAGAGGGGCUGGGAAUCCUUCGGGCAAAUAUGUUGCUGUGCAUAUGAGAAUUGAGAAGGACUGGAUGAUUCACUGUAAGAAGCUAGAGACCCGGGCUAAAGUUAGGAAUGGCGAGGAUCUGAGAAUUUGUAGCGGAAAGGAAGAGAUUAUGCGCCGGGUUGCGAAGAUUCCUGGGCUGGAGAAGCCGUCUGUUGUUUAUUUGGCUGUGGCGGAUGCUCUUUUGGAGGACGGGACUUUGCUGGAGGGGUGGAGCCAUGAUUUGGUUCCAUAUGAGAAGAAAAAGCUUGGAGUUGCCAGUGGCUAUGCUAAGUAUCCUUAUUUAAUGCAGUCUGCAAUUGAUUAUGAAGUUUGCCUCCGGGCUGACGUGUUUGUGGGAAAUAGCUUUUCUACAUUUUCAAGCCUCAUAGCCUUGCAGAGGACUGUGAGAAGAAAGAGGGGUGAGGGUGUGAAUGGCUGUGAAGGCACUUAUGCUUAUAAUAUAGAGGGCCAUGGAGGAGGACCUGAGAGAUGGGCGACCAAUAUGUCUGAUUUGAGCUUGGAGGCUAUCAGUUAUGGAUCUAACCAGGUUUCCUGCAUUUAAUGUGAGUUUCUUGAGACUUUCUCUUGGGGAAAUUUGAGUCUCUGCUAAUGGGUGCCACUUUUUCCACAAGCAGGGUAAUUUGAAGCUCUGGUAUGUGCUUUAAUGAGUUUUUGAAGAAGAUGGCUUUCUUAUCAGCUGUCUGUAAAGAUUGAAUUGACUAUUUUGUAACAGAGAAGUGACAUUCUGUUCAAAGCUGCCCCAAUAAUGGGUAUUGCACGCCGGGUGCAAAACCCCCAUCUGAACGGGCACAUCUUGUAAAAUCUUGGAAGGGGUGUCUCUGUAAUUUUGCUGUUUAUAUAUUUUAUCUUGAAUUCUGCCAUUGGUACCAACAAUACCUUUCUGACUUUUGGGGGACUGAAAAAGAAGAUAACAAGAGUUGGAAUCAGCUGUCAAGCACUCUGAAAUACUUAAUUCCAUUAAAUUGGGUAUGAACGAAGGCAAGUUUUCUUGACAGGAACUUGGUAGGAUUAUGGGGUUUUGCAGAUGAGAAUAUGCAAUCAAUAUAAUCUAUCCGGUUCAAUUUUCUAUCUCAAAAUAAUUUGUAUUGUAUUAAUAGUAUGUAGACCAGUAUUUAUCUCUAGUAUAUGAAAAAAAUUGGAGGCCAGCAUUUAUCCU